AUGAGUCGAGCCAACAAACUUGGCCCGGAGGUUAAUCGAGCUUUGUUCGUCAAGAAUCUAAGCUACAACGUUACUCCCGAGGAGCUGUUUGAUCUCUUCGGAAAGUUUGGGCCCAUUCGCCAGGUCCGGCAGGGCAUUGCCAGCAAUACCAAGGGCACUGCCUUCGUCGUCUAUGAGGACGUGAUGGAUGCGAAGACGGCGUGCGACAAGUUGAACGGUUACAAUUUCCAGAACCGCUACCUUGUCGUGCUCUACCAUCAGCCCGAGAAGAUGAACCGUUCAAAAGAGGACCUCGAUGCCCGCAAAGAGAAUCUAGAACGUUUGAAGAAGCAACACGGGAUCGAUUGA